CUGGUUCAACCUUGCGGAUUAACACAGAUAAAUCACCAUCAUCUCGGUAUCCCUUGUCGUUUCUUGGUCAUCAAGCCGGACGACAAAUAUCUCUCCCAUCUCUCUGCAUCUUCCCAUCUCUUAUAUUUUCCACAUCUUUUCAUCGGACAUCAUCUCUGGACCAAAAGUUAGUGAUCAUUGCCGGUUAUCCCUCUGAACAGACUGUGGUCGACCCAUUUCGAUUGCAAUGCCUAUUAUCUCUGAAGUUACAGCACUCGUCGAUGAACUUGCUAGCUUGCGAACUCAGCUUGAGAUUCUUGAGACCAGAACGACGACAAUCCUUUCAUCUCAUGUUCAACUACCAAGUCACAAACUUGCGACAACCAAAGAGAAGCCGGUGGAGGGCAAGGAAACAAUCUCGCACGUGGCAGUUAAACUUCCGAAGAAAUCUAGCUCAAGAACGAAGGGGAAUUCCCAAACAAUCCGUAGCCGUUCGUUCAAAGUGAUGCGGCAUCUCAUCAACAUAAUUGAUGUCUCACAAGCUGCAAGCAUAGAUAUCGAGCCUGAGAAGAAGCGUACUGCAAGAAACAGUUUGAGUGAUCCAAUCGCCUCGGUUUCACCAGCGACCAAGUUGAAAACCUCAACAAAACCAAAGCCAACACCUACUUUGCCAUUAAAGCCGCCAGCAGUUCCGUCGAAUAGUCCAAACAAAUCUCACCUCUCAGCUACAUCGCUCCGGCCAACGACCAAUUUCCGAAAACCGGUGGAACUUAAGUUAAUGAAGGAGUCGGUGACACUUUCUAGUAACCUGAAGAAGACUCCCGAUACAAGCUCAUGCAAUCCAAUCGCCUCUGUUUCACCAUUGACAAAGUCGAAAGCCUCAGCAAAACCAAAGACGACGACAAGCUUUCUACUGAAAGAGUCAACAGUUCCGUUGACUAGUCGACAAGACUCACGUGUAUCGUCUAUAUCUCUUCAGCCAAGGACCGAUCUCCAACCACAAGUGGAGCCAAAGUCAAUGAAGGCGCCUCUUACACCACCUAGGAACCCAAAGAACGUUCCCAGUACAAGCUCCGCAACACCCCGUCGCUUGCAUCCUAAACGGCCUCGUCAAGUCCAGCUCUCAAACGACUUGCCUACUGAAGACAAAGGAGAAAACUGCAACAACUCCCAAGCUACAGCUGAGAUUUCUACUGUCACAAGGACACCAGGAAACAUCGUGCCCGAAGUUUUUGCAUAUGACAACCUCCAACUUCGCUGUGGAAGAUUCUCACUCCUCAAGCACGACCCUGCUAUGCUAGAUCUCCUGCCGAUAUCAGUCAAAGAGAAACGAUUCAUUAAAACUUCAACAGUGACAGAUAUAGAAAACUUACAACAGGCUUCAGAAAUUUUAGUUCAAAGACAAGUGCUUGGUAUUUGGGAAUGGAAAGCAGGUACCUCAAGAGCUACACUUCACGAAUACAAGACACCUGAACUUGGGACUACUAUAAGCAACAGAAGAUUUAAGUUUGUUGGAUUUGCAUGGAAAGGUGCUUUAGGACAACAGCCCCCAAGAAUAGAAGAACUUCAUGAAGACAUCUCACAAGGGGCCGACACUCUCCGAUGGUAUUGGUUCAAGGAUCUCUGGUUACUUUUUUACUUUGAUUAAUUUUUCUCAAAUGAUAGCUUCAUCAUUUUUUUUCUGUUUUUUUAGUAGUAGCAAAUGUCAGCUGGCAAGCAAAAUACAGUUACCCCUUAACUAGUCCACUGAGUAUUUUGCUACACCAACUGCACUUCAUACAUUUCAC